AUGCGGUACUGUUAUGCCUUACGGUAUACAGACAGGACGGAAAUUAGGACCACACCGCGACGCGGCGCCAUCGUUGGCCAUCAUUCGUUGGCGUUCCGCUCAUCUCGUAGAGCAGAGCGCGACUUCUUCCCGACACGCUUCCUCCUCCUCAUCGUUCGUGUUUCGUCCUGAUUCCUGCGCGUCGCCAAAGCACCGAACAAACGGAAAAGUUGCCUGCACGUAGUCCCACCGUUGUGACCGUUGCUUCACGGUCCAAAGGACGGAUAUUGCAACCUUUUCGUCUUUCUAUACAAUAAGCUGCAGGAUACCUAUUGUCGAAAAAAUCUCUCGCAUUUCUUAAAGAGUUAAUGGGGGAUCCUAAAAGAAUGUUUUUUGUUCUAUGAAAAUCAUCUAUAUUGGAUAGAAACGUGUACACUUGUUUGCGAAAUGGUUUAAACACAUUUUUUUAUGAAAUAAGAUCGCGUAUCAAAUUAUGAGUCAGAUUGUGAAUCACUAUUCGUGAGUUUACGCGGUAAUUUAUUGUCGCAGAAGCUGAAGUGAUAACAUGUGACAUAUCUAACGUUAUAACUGUCAUAAAAGAUUAAAAAAAUGUAUACAUAUAUUGAUUGUGUUCUUAUCUAUCAGAUAAGAAUGUAAUAAAGGAGUAAUAUUUAUUUGUACUGCCACUUUGAUUCCUGUUAUAAAAGAUUGCAAGUUCAUAAACAGUGAUUCGCAACUGUGACCAUUUUAUACGCUUCAUCGAAAAGAAAUAGGUUUAAACCGUUUCGCAAACGAGUGUAUAUUGUCUGAGUUUAUAUGUACAAAAAAUUAAAUUGUGUGAGUGUAUGUGUAAUUUGUGGAUAAACAUUUCGCCUUGAAAAAUAUGACUCACUUCGAAAGUCGAGAAUCUAAGGGGACAUUCAGAAAAAUUCUAAGGGGACAGUCGAAAAAUAAAAGAACCACUUUCCCUUAAGUGUUAAAAAUCGCAAGAUGAGGUGUAAGUGCUACGAGUUUUGAGUUGGAUGCUGAAAGGUAGAUGUUAAGGGUUAAGUGUUACGCGUCGAAGGCACAAAAUCUGGAGCGGAAAGUUGAAACUGAAGAGUAAGAUGCGAAGAGUGGGGAAAUCGAAGGCUGAAAGUUACGGGAGCAGACAUAAGUAAAGAAGAAAGGGAAGGAGCGCUAACAGAAAAACGAAUCGAUCGUUCCAUAAAAGAGGCAUACAAUUGCGGCCGCAUAGUCGAACGUGGGAAGAUCAUUGAUACAAACUCGUCGAGCGGCGGCAUGGCCGGGCAGCACUACUGCCUGCGCUGGAACAACUACCAGUCGAAUAUGACAUCGAUGUUCCACCAGCUUCUACAGACCGAGGCUUUCGUCGACGUCACCCUAGUAUGCAACGAGGCUUCAUUAAAGGCGCACAAGGUGGUGCUGUCGGCCUGCAGUUCCUACUUCCAGAAGCUGCUGCUGUCGAAUCCCUGUAAACAUCCGACGAUCAUCAUGCCGCAGGACGUGUGCUUCACAGAUCUCAAGUUCAUCAUCGAGUUCGUUUAUCGCGGGGAGAUCGACGUCUCGCAAGCGGAGCUUCAGUCACUUUUGAAGACGGCCAACCAGUUGAAGAUCAAGGCCCUCUGCGAGGAGAACCGAGACGACCCGCCGUCCGUGAGCCUGAGCUCGUCACCGAGGGAGUCCGGCACCCCGAGAUUGAACUACACGAAGUUGAAAAAGCACCAUCCGCGGUACAAGCGACCAAGAACCACGUUCGAGCCACGCGCCACCGACCCGAGACAUUUCGAGCGCUAUAAAGAAGAGGAGGUCAACGAAGAUUACAGACGCGAUAAUAAAGAGAACCACCAGGACUGGCAAGUCGAAGAUGAAGAGUGCACGGAGACACCAACAGCAGCAGUAGUACUAGAUACCUGCCAGCGCAACAACAACAAUAACAAUAACAACAACAACGGUAACGGCGCGAAUAACAACAACAACAACAACGGUGACAUGUUCUGUCACACAGGGCUAGGUCACUAUGGCCAUCAUCCGGAUCCCGGAGAGGUCGAUCUACCCCCUGAGACGCAGCCCACUCCGCCCAGCGCUACCUUAGUCGGCACCACCAUCACCCACCUAAGAGAUCCGGAUCAUCAUUCUACAGAGAUUCAGAAUUGCGACAACGUCAAGAUAAAAUUCGAGACGUUACACACGAUGGACUCAUCGGACACGAUUGACAUAGACAGCCACAUGUCGGAUCGGGCGAGCGUGAGCUCGAAGAAUGCAGCCGACAGCGACAACAUGAUGAUGAUAACGCCGGAGCUGCUCGGGCUGAUGCCGUCGGGCAGUUCCGUGCACUCGGACUCGGGCGAGAAUAAUUCGAGGGGCCACUCCGGACAGUCCAGCUCGCACCAUCACGGCUCGAAAUCGUGGACGCAGGAGGACAUGGACGCGGCUCUGGAAGCCUUGAGGAACCAUGACAUGAGCCUCACGAAAGCCUCUUCAACAUUCGGUAUUCCGUCGACGACACUUUGGCAACGGGCGCAUCGACUGGGCAUCGACACGCCGAAAAAAGACGGCCCUACAAAAUCCUGGAGCGACGAGAGCCUGAACAACGCGCUAGAAGCGUUGCGUACCGGCACCAUCUCGGCCAAUAAAGCGUCCAAGGCGUUUGGCAUACCCUCCAGCACGUUAUACAAGAUCGCCAGGAGAGAAGGUAUCAGGCUGGCUGCGCCGUUCAACGCGAGUCCCACGACGUGGUCGCCCGCCGACCUGGAUCGCGCACUAGAAGCGAUACGAUCCGGUCAGACGUCCGUGCAGAGAGCGUCCACCGAAUUCGGCAUCCCGACUGGCACGCUGUACGGACGAUGUAAGCGGGAGGGGAUCGAGCUCAGCAGAAGUAACCCCACACCGUGGAGCGAAGACGCGAUGACUGAAGCUCUCGAGGCCGUCAGAUUAGGGCACAUGAGCAUCAAUCAAGCGGCGAUCCACUACAACCUGCCGUAUUCCUCGCUAUACGGACGCUUUAAAAGGGGGAAGUACGAGGAGUCGGUGGUCGGUGAGAUCUCGCAAGACGGCAGCAGUCCGCACUUCCAUCAGAGUCCCAACCAGAAUCAUUCGUCUGCCCUUCCGGAUCAAAUGCCUUAUCCGGGCAGCUGAAACUUACCUCUUUACUAGAGUAUUAAGUUAGCUUAAACCUUUCGAACUUUUCGAAUCGUCGCUGCGCAGCUUUGACAGCUCCUUUUCAAAUACGCGCGAGAGGAAUUCCGAGAGAUUAAAGCGAGACCGAUCAGGAAUGCCGUUAUGAGACACACACACACACUAUUAACAGCGGAGGGCAAGAUUUACCCGCAGUAUUAAAAGGUGAAUUGCCGUGAGCGAGCAUUAUGUACAUUGUAUGAUUUUUAUGUCGGGACGGAGAAAGAAACGUAGAGACUAUACUAUAAUAAUUUAUAAGAAUUAUUUAUACAAAAAGAGAGAGCACUGUACAGAGGCCGAGGCGCGCCGCCCCGGCGAGAAAUUACUUUAGCGUGUAAGUACGUUCGUUUGCGAAGCGGCUUUGAACACAUUCUUACCGAAGAAGUUAGGAACGCAUAAAACAGUCACAAUUUGCAAGCCACGGACUUACGUGACAAUGGAUCAUGACAGGAACUAAAAUAACAAUGUACGAUGUAAAUAUUGGUCCUUUAAUAUAUUCUUAUCAGACAGAUAAAAUAUAACAGACACUUAAAUUUUUCCUGAAUUCUCAGUCAUGUCGUUGAAUAUCUUGUAUAUUGUCGUUUUGACUCCUGUGGUAACAUUACCACGCGCGCAAGCUCGUGAGCAGCUGCUUGUAAUCGUGACUGUUCGAUGCAUUCUCAACUUUAUUGGAAAAGAAAAAAAAAACACGUUCAAAUCAUUCUGCAAACGAGUGUGCACCUUAACGAGGGUGAGGACGGAUACUGUCGCGGACAGAAUCCUGUUGAUUAAAACCACGAGAGAUUAACGCGUCGUUCGUUCAUUUAUUAAUUGUCGUUACGUUGCAAUCGGAUCCAUUGCUGACUUUGGCAGCAGCAGUUUCGCGGUCGGUGCUUUCGACACUUGAUACCCCGCAACGUACAUGUCGCGGGACGAGUCAGGAUCGUGCGCGCACAAUUUUGCGUGGCGCGAUCUCGCGUGACAAGAAUACACGCGAGGACGUUCGCGAGCGGUGCCGUUACGGGGGAGAGAGCGUACGCCUAUAAUUUUAACGCUAUCCACGAAAUUUGAAUACGUAAUGACGAAAGCGGCGGUAUAAAGCGCGGCUGAAGCUUAAAGGCGAUUAGGGCGUAAAAACUAUUGCGAGUGAUUUCAAGAAAGAUGUUACGAAUAAUUUUUAUUCACCCCAUACACACUUGUUUCGCAACGUUAUGUCCCAUAGAAUCGACUGAGUAGCAUAUUUUUUAUGGAAAAUGAUGAAGAAAAAUAAAACAAUGUUUCUUUUUCACACAAGGGGGAAAGUGGUAAAUACUUACAAGAUAAGUACGGCUUUUAUCAGCUUCUUAGGAAAAUUUAAGAUUCUCCCUCUCAGCUCAACUGCCACUCGUAUAAAUAUGUUACACACAUUAAUUUAUCAUGCUCACACCUACUAUAUUACAUAAAUAUAUAAAUAUAUAGAUAUAUACUAAUUAUAAAUAUAUAUAUGUACAGUUUAUAUAUUUUAAAUUAAAAAGUAAUGCAAUCAA